CGUUAACUAUAAUAGAAAUAGUGGGUAGAAAGGCAAUUAGCAGGAACCGAGUAGGGCUGUCAAAACGACGGGUCUUGAAAUUAUCUCUAAAUAGGCAGGCAUGAUUAGUAGCUAAAAAUGUAUCUUAAAUUAAACCGGUUUUAAAGUUUCUAAAUUUCAACACUCGGCUACAAAUAAUCGUCCAGACCGCUGCAGAAGUAGCACAUCUUCACGUGAUACAGGUUGCUUUUCUCAUCGCUUCUCGGAAUGGACCAAGCACAGUUGUCAUUGUUUACUCUGAAUGAGGCAUUAAUGUUGUUCAUUUGAGAUUACUGGUGCACAUUUGCAAUUUAUGACAGAAUCCUUUUAAUUAAACAAUCUUUAAGUAUUUUAUUUUAUUAUAGGAUACUGUUUUUAGGGUUCAAAUAUCCCCAGCGUCACAAAAACAAGCAUUGAGAUUUAAAUGCGUUUCAAUGUGGGAUUCGGCUUUUUGAGCCGCGAGGCGCCCCCUAGAGGAAAACAACUUACCACACUAUUUUCUUUCUAUCACCUUGCUUUUCAACCUUACGUUAGCUUCUGUAGGUUAUCUGUCAUUCCUGUUAUCAGAGCAUAAGACGUGUCGGUUUCCAGUCGUGUCGGUGAUGCGAGGGCCAGUGCGUUGGGUGUUAUGGGAUGUGAAGGACACCCUGUUAAAGGUCCGGCGCUCGGUUGGAGAGCAGUACUGCCUCGAAGCAGAGCGAGCAGGACUCAAGCUGCCAGCUGCUCAGCUAGAAACUGCUUUCAGACAGGCUUACCGGAAGCAAUUACGCCUAUUUCCCAACUAUGGCAGAGCUCAGGGCAUGAACAGCCAGGUGUGGUGGACUGGACUAGUGAGGGACACUUUUGCCCAGUGUGCGGUAGAUGACCCUGCUUUACUGGAUAGCCUAGCCCACAACCUUUAUCACAACUUUUGUGGACCAGAAAACUGGGAGGUGUUUCCUGAUUCUAAUAGCACCCUCAAGUUCUGCACCGCUUUAGGACUCAAGCAAGGCGUAGUGUCCAACUUCGACAAGCGUUUGGAAGGGAUCCUGAGGGGAUGUGGACUUCUCACUCACUUCUCAUUUCUCCUGACCUCAGAAGAAGCUGGGGUUGCUAAACCAGACCCUGCCAUUUUUAUCCAGGCACUGGUACGGUGUGGUGUUCCAGCCUCCAGUGUAGUUCACGUUGGGGACCAUUUUGUGAAGGACUACCUGACCUCACGCUCAUUGGGUAUUAGAGGUUACCUGCUUGACAGACAAGACUGUCAUGGGCACCUUGAUGUUCCACCACAGCAUAGAUUACACAGCCUAGAUGAACUACCAGCUCGAUUAAAACAGGAUGCAGACUGAAGAGUGCACACAUUUUAUCCAGUGCAGCUGAUGAUUAUGUAAUGUUGCUGCAGGGUUAAACAAAUUUUAAAUGGACCAUAUUUUUUCCCAGAUGCACGUUUUAUAUGAUGAAACAAGAUGUAAGCUGAAACAUCAAUGUGGGACAGCAAAAAAAAAAGAAAAUCAUGUUCUUUUAGAAGUUAAGAUUUAAUAAAACCGUAUUUGCCAAUACAUUAUUUUAUUGUUAAUCUGCCAAUAAAUUAUAUAUUGUUUGUGAAAA